AUGUCUCCAAAUGUCCUUGUUGAAGAAAUCAGUUGCACACAAAUCCAAGUUGGAGAUUUUGUCAUCCUUCGUGAACAACAUCCAUGUAUCAUUACCGAGUUCAGAACAUCGAAACCAGGAAAGAAUGUCAUGAAAAAGUAUUUGGUUGGAUUUGAUAUUUUCACAGGAAGGAAAUACGAGGACCUUUUUAAAUUGCAUUCCAAUGUUCAGGUUCCGAAACUCACAAAACAUGAAUAUCUUUUUAUUGGAGAAAUUGGAAGGAGUAGUCCUAAUAAUACUUUGAAUCAGCAUCCAUCCCAACAAGUUCGCGAGAGUGAUCAUUCCAAGUCAGAACAACAACUAAUGGAAAUUUCUGUCAUGAAUGAACACACAGGUCAAGAAAAAUGUCUCAUUGUAGAAAAUGAACGCAUCUGUCAAAAAAUUAAGGAAAUUAUUUCAGAAAGUCAAUCGAUCGAUCAAGAUUGGAAAGUUUACACCGUUGAAGCAAUGGGUAAAGAAGCCAUUCUUAAACUCGAGCCAAUCAUUGAUGACCUGUUAAACACCACCACCUUGUAA